CAUUAUUGUUUUUAUAAUCAUUCUGUAGGUCAACAUGAAUCACUGGAAUAUAUUAUUUUCUUAAAAAUGGUUAGUAGUACUGGGCAAUACAGAAUUCACUACCAUUCUUGGUUUUAGAAAAAGGCCUGUAAAAUUAAUUAGUUAAUUAAAGAGUAAUUAGUUAUUCUAGGUUUUUAAAAAUAAGAUCUUCAGUCAAGAGACAGAAUGACAAGAAUAUUGAGUAGGUCAGAGGGAUAGAAUUCCCAGAACCCCCAAGGAGAGGGCAGUUAGGAGUACCGGACUCACUCUCUGGGAAGCUUACUGUCGGAGAGGAGGUGUCUGGGCUUUUCCCGAGAUGCCUCUGGGAAGAGUAGAGACACUGGACUUUGGCAAGUUAACAGUCAGGGUGGGCUUUUUCUCUGAAAGGGAGAAAACCAGCCAGGAGGUGGCGCUGUCUCCUCAGACGAGAGAAGCCUCACGGUCAGGGGAGGCUGCUGUGGCACGAGCACAAACGGACUUUCAUUAUGACCGAGAGAAAAGUCGCCGGAGGAUUUUGUUCUUAUGGGUCAAGGAAACCCUGUGCUGAAGUCCUUGUAGAACACCCCGGAAGUUAUUCGAGAGAGCAAGUUCGGUCAGGCCGGAUUUUGGCCGGCGAGAGGCUGUCUUGUGACAGGCCGAUUGGCAUCUGGGCUUUUUAGGCAGAAAUCUUAGACUUCAGGGCAGUCUGUUUCCUCCCGUUCUCAUUUCCUUUUCCUUCCCAUUGUCCCUGCUCUUCGAUAAGCUCUAAUAAAGAGGGGUUUCUAAUAGUCUGUCUCCUGCCAACGUUAUCAACUGAAGCUCUCUGUCAGUGACAACUACAUGAGCAAAUCAAGAUCAGCAAUAGUCUGUCAGUCGCUAUGGACCUCUACCAGUCCAAGAUCAAACAGGCCCAAGGGUUGUGGCAGAUAUUCUCAAGAACAGCAUGCUUUGAAGCAUUAUACGACACCAAGAUCAGAGCCCCACUGUUUGGUUCUUAGUUUGUACAACUGGAGUGUGUGGUGUUACUUGUGUGAUGAGGAGGUCCAAUAUAGCAGCUCAGAUCGAUUGGGUCAACUUGUGGAUUAUAUUAGAAAACAAAUCAAUGUCAAAACUUCAAGACAAGCAUCAAAAGAACAAGGGAAAGCUGAAAUUGAAAAUAAAAAAUUAGAAAAAGACAGUAAAAAUGAACAGGAGAGAGAGAAAAAGGAAAACAUGACAAAAGAAAAUUCUCCAUUGAAUGCUGCUGCUCACAUGACUGUGAAAGGACUCAGUAAUUUGGGGAAUACGUGUUUCUUUAAUGCAGUUAUGCAGAAUUUGUCACAGACACUAGUACUAAGAGAACUGUUGAAAGAAGUAAAAAUGUCUGGAACAAUAGUGAAAAUUGAAUCACCUGAUUUGUCCCUAACAGAACCUCUAGAAAUAAACCUUGGGCCUCCAGGACCUCUUACUUCAGCCAUGUGCCAAUUUCUUAAUGAGAUGCAUGAAACCAAGAGGGGAAUUGUGACACCCAAAGAGCUAUUUUCUCAGGUCUGUAAAAAAGCAGUGCGGUUUAAAGGCUUUCAGCAGCAAGAUAGUCAGGAGCUGCUUCGGUAUCUCUUAGAUGGAAUGAGAGCAGAAGAAAUCCAGAGAGUGAGCGCCGGCAUCCUUACAGCGCUGGGCAGCCCCACCGGAAAGCCGGAUGAAGACCUGAGAAGGAGGAUUAAAGAGCAUGAAAGAAAGAAGUCCAUGCCGAGCUUUGUGGAUCGAAUAUUCGGGGGCGAGCUGACGAGCACGAUCAUGUGUGAGCAGUGCAAAACCGUCUCGUUGGUUCACGAAUCCUUCCUUGAUUUGUCUCUCCCCGUUUUAGAUGAUCAGAGUGGGAAAAACAUAAAUGAUAAAAAUAUCAAAAAAACAAAAGAAGAUGAAAGUAAAGACAGUGAAGAAGAGAAAGAUAACAAUAUUUAUAUGAAAAAGAAUACUAUUCCUCCUUAUACAAGUAAGCACUGGCAGAAAAAAGCAAAGAAGCAAGCCAAAAAGCUGGCAAAGAACCAACGAAGGCAACAGAAAAUGCAAGAAAAGACGAUUCAGCUCAAUAACCUCUGUAUGAAUGACAAGCCUGAAGAACAUCCGCACGUUAAUGACGCUUUGCCAGAGGAGGAGACAGACGAUGACUCCAACAGCUUCUCACAAGAGGAAGAAAAGUGUCAAGAGUCCUGCUCCAAUCAGGAAGACAUAAGCGACAGGGAGAGCCCCGUGGAAGCUCUGCCCGGAAAUGCAGGCGAGGCCGACCUCCCUCGUGCUGCCUUUUCCAUCGAGCGUGCCGGGGACUUCAAUGGCGCGUCUCUCGGGGGGGACAGCGAGGACGAGGAGGACCUCGCCGGGGACCUCGGACAUCUCCAGCUGGACCCGCUUCUGGAACCUGAUGAAGGGAACGGGGAGCUCUUGAACGACGGCUGUCCCGUCGGGGCGAAGAUCUACGAAGUAGUCCACGACGUUCCAGAGACUGCUUUUUGUACCCUCGCUCCCAGGGAAGCUGCGGACACGGACGAAGGCUCCAUCCAUCACUGCUUGUAUCAGUUCACUAGUAACGAGAAGCUGCAGGGUUCCAACAAGCUGCUUUGUGACGUUUGCACCCAGAGGCAGCGGCCUGGUCCAAAGGCGCACAGUAAAGGGGAAAAGAAGUGUGUUUACACGGACGCCAAGAAGCAGAUGCUGAUCUCUCAGGCUCCUCCCAUCCUAACUCUUCACCUAAAGAGGUUUCAACAGGCUGGUCUGAAUCUAUGCAAAGUUAACAAGCACAUAAAGUUUCCAGAUGUGAUAGAUUUGGCUCCGUUUUGUACCAUAAAGUGUAAGAAUGUUGCUGAAGGAAAUACAAAAGUAUUGUAUUCUUUAUACGGAGUUGUUGAACACAGUGGUACUAUGAGGUGGGGACAUUAUACUGCCUAUGUGAAGACAAGAACUUCAAAUAGUCAUCUUUAUAAUCUUGUUCUUGAUGGAACUAGUCCACAAGAAUUUGAAAAUGAAUCAACGAAGGGGCAGUGGUUUCAUAUCAGUGAUACACAUGUACAAGCUGUGCCUGCAUCUAAGGUUCUAAAUUCACAAGCUUACCUCCUGUUUUAUGAGCGAAUACUUAAUAAUUAAUCUGAAAAAGAAUUAUACCCCAUAUUUGUUUGGUUUUUUAAUUUAAAAGAAAAAAACACAGUAAAAGACUAUUUGAAUCAUGUUCACAUAAAUUUGAAUAUUCCAGAAAAAUCAUGUGACCUGAAAUGCUGCAAGGAAAAUGCUAAACAAAAUGUUUCUGUGGUUGAGAGGAAAAUAAAGAUACCAUUUACUGGUUUAA